AUGAUAGGAUAUACUGUGACAAGGAAUUCAAUUAAGACACAGCUGGAUCAUAACCAAGUUGGAUCCAUACCGAGACGCAAGUUUGGAAGACCAAAUCUUCAUGAUAAGGUUUUGAAUGUUGAAACAUUAGCUUCAAAUAAAAUCGAAGAGAAAGAUGAAAUUAAAGUCGAAACAAAUGCAGUUGGAAAUGCCUUCUUUCAUCAAUUCAAUUCUAUAGAAUCGCCAGGAAAUCAUCAAAAUGAAAGUACGCAUCUAUUUGCUUGCAAUAUGUAUCUUCUUGUCAUAUUGUCAUAUAGCUGCGAAACUGGCCAAAGAAACUGA